AUGUCCACGUCAUCAAGUUGUCGUCAAACAAGAAAACGUGCCGAAGAUUUCCCACACAAUCGCCGAGAAAAGCACUCGGCUGAAACGGUAUGUGAGAUCAUGAAGGUCAGCUUAAGUAAAUAUCCAGGUGCUCGGCCCUCCUUUGUAUACCAUGUUAUUACCAGGUUCUCCGAGGGUCCUAGUAUCCCCGUCUACGGGUUUCAACUCGAUCCUCUCUGUAGAUCCAGGAUAACUGGUGAGCAUAUUUGCGAGCAAAAGAUCACCGGCCUGAAUACCCGGUGUCAUAAAAUCAUACAAAUUUCCACAUAUACCCACGCUGCAGACGGAAGCCGGAACUGGCUCAAAUCCAACUACGCUCUCAACGAGAACCCCGAAUAUGACCUUGUGAACGAGAUGCCUGUCCUUACACUGCAGGAUAUAUUCCACUCUUGA